ACUGAGUACAUACAGAUUUUUUUUUGUUUAUUUCGAACGUGGAACCUUUUGAAGAUCAGCACGCUUUGGUUCAUUUUCUGGUAUUGUACUUCUGCGGCAACGUUAAGAGAUUUUUUCCUAAUAUGUAUGUGGCAGCUGCGUUGAUUAUUUUAAAGCGGAGCAGCUAGAGAAACGUUGAUGGAUACACCCAGUUAGUGUGUAUGCGUGUGUGUGUUUAAUCGAAAAACCCAUACAGAGUAACGAAGUUGAAAAUAAACGUUUUUUUUUUAGGAAUUUGUUUCUACCCACUUGAACUUACGUUUGCUAAGGACUGUUGGAGUAUACGUUUGAGACAAAACCCUCGAAAGGACCUUCUCUUAAGAUAAGCCUAACAAUAUCCUCCAUUACAUCGUGAAGACGGAUAGGAUGGAGGAAUUACACAUUGAAGAGGAGGAGCCCUGGCAAAAUCACCGCGACCUGGAACGAGAUUUACAUCUGGCUGCUGAACUUGGAAAGACGCUUCUCGAAAGAAACAAAGAACUUGAGGUUUCUUUGCACCAGAUGUAUGUGACCAAUGAAGACCAAGUCCAUGAAAUUGAGUACUUGUCCAAACAGUUAGAUAUGCUGCGGCAAAUGAAUGAGCAACAUGCUAAGGUAUAUGAACAACUGGAUGAAACUUCCCGAGAUCUGGAAAUGACAAACCAAAAGCUAGUUUUCACGUCCAAAGCACAUCAAGCCCCCAUGCACGGUCUUACAGGUUCAAUUGAGACUAUGCUGUCUCAGGUAGAUGUACUACAGACUCAAAUGGAGAGACUGCACAGUUUGGCCAAUAUUAGGAGAAAAAGAAGGGAACGACGCAAGACCAUCCAUACCUUUCCCUGCCUGAAGGAAAUCUCAUCUUUUAGAUACCAGCAUGAUUUUGUUAUGGACACAUUGAUGACAAAGUUGACCACGCAGUCCCUGGAAAAGGAGAACAGCAGCUUAAAUGAGACAGUGAAUUCACUGCGCUUACAAAUCCAGCAGGAGCGCCAGCACAAAGAAGUGGCCAAGCAUAAAUAUGCCUCAGUACUCAACAAAUAUUCAGAAUUGGAGCAGCGCCUCCAGCAGGCAGUGGGCUAUGAGUCAAGUAUCCAUGAACUGGAAGCAGAGCUUCUGGAGCUGCAACAAAUGAAGUAUAACAGUAACUUCCAACAAGUUAGACAGAAUAAGCAGAGAGAAAACAUCCUAAAGCCUUUAAAUAACAUUUCAGAGUCCAACAGUAUCAAGCAGCCUGAGAUGAGUGAAAGACAGAAAAUUAAACAAGCUCCAGACACAUCUAGCUCAGUCUGGAAAAGCUCCAGUGAUACUGCACUCAACAUUAUUGUUGGUGUAUGUCCCAAGUCAAAUUACAUGCUUCACGCGGGCAGUGUUCAUAAACAUGGCAUGUCUAUUUUAAGGGAGGUAGAUGAACAAUACCAUGGCUUAUUAGAAAAAUAUGAGGAGCUUCUGACCAAAUGUCGCAGUCAUGAAAAAAGUCAGAGACACAUGGGAGUUCAGACAUCACAACCUGUCUCUCGAGACACCUCUGUUUGUGACUUCCGUCUUACUGAUAUUAGCCAGGAGAAGGAAGAAUGUGAUGUCGCAGAUAAAAUUAGCAGGCAGGUGGAAGCAGUAGACAAAAGGCUUAGUCACAGCACUCCAGAGUAUAAGGCUCUUUUCAAGGAAAUCUUUGCACGUAUUCAAAAGACCAAGGCUAUUGUUAAUACUAAUAAAGCAAAUUAAUAAAAAAAAAAAAUAGCUUUUCAUUUUUUCCAG